UUAGCCCUUUUCUAGGUUUGAUGUGGACAGGGCGGCAUUCCUAAAGCACCAUAAACGUGGCAGGACCAAUAAUGGCUUUAGAAGCGAAGUGGAGAAGUUCUCACAAUUAAGGUGGGGAAUGAGGGCAGCUACAGAUGGGUACAUAAAUACACAGAAAGGCUGGUCUGUGUGCACACUGUGGGCUCAGGUGCUGAGACAACACCUCCCGCACGGAUCGUUUGGCUUGGACUAAAGAGCUACCUGCAGCAUGAAGGCAACAGGUGCCUUAGUGCUUCUCAGCCUACUGCUGCUCUCUUUCUUCUCGGAUGUAGCAGGUGAAGACAUUGAAGAGAUUUGCAGAGAGUUUAUAAACAGAAGCGUGUACUGCACGAGGGAGUCCAACCCUCACUGCGGCACGGAUGGCGUUACGUACGGGAAUAAGUGUGCCUUCUGCAAGGCAGUGCUGAGAAGUGGAGGGAAAAUAAGGUUGAAGCACCUGGGGAAAUGCUGAGUCCUCACUGGCACCGAGCAGCAGCAGCUGAACCCACCCCAACAGUGGCCGCAGACACCUGUGCAUGGACAUGGAAGCAGCUCACCUUCAUCUCCACCGUCUCUGCUCAAUAAAACAAAACCCAGCACGACUCUUUGGCUGGAUUCCUCUUUCCAUAACAUCCAGAAAAGUGCUUUGAUACAGCUAUGCUAGAGCCUAAUGCAUGGCUUCUCUAUUACAUCACCCUCCUCCUGGGAAGUGAGGCGCUCCCUGUGCCAGAGCAGCAAUUCCCAUGGCUCCCAUGGGCCGUGUCCUCCUGUCCCCAGCAGCCGUAGCUCUUCUGUUCUGUGUGUCAAAUUGGCACACACUUGCAGGGCAGCCAAGCCAGGCAACUGCUUGUGUGCUCCUGCCCAGCUCUCCCCAUGCCAGGGGGUGGGUGAGAGCGGGAGCCUUUCUUCUUUACCCAGCCUCCGUGUACAUGUUCCUUCCUCUCUUGGAGGUUAUUGUGGGAGGGUGACAGGAGAGCUGGUGAACAGCGUGACUGCAUAUGCCUCAUCUCCUUUGGAAACCAGAGACAAACAAGCUGAGGCUAGGGAAUAUUGCUCCAUUUAAGCCUGCAACAAGAAGAUGGCAGGUGGAGGCUGGUUUUAGGCAGAAGCUGUAAGGCUCUUCUUUCCAAAUCGGUCUCUUUCUUCUUCUUUCUAAGAGAACGCUUUGUCUUGAAAGCUGUGAACUCACCAGCAUUAGUUUCCCGCUGC